AUGUCGAGCACAGCAAGACUUGAAAUUCAACAAAGAAAUUACUUUUUGUGCAAGAAUCGCACCGCAGAUUCAACUAAGCUGCGAACGGCGGAGAAUAUUUGGGGAUUUCUCGAUACUAAUGGCUGCCUUUCAAAGAUUCUCAGUUUUUACAUUUUCCAGGAUGCGGUUGGAGGAAGCAUUUGGAGGCAGUUAGAAGCCAUGUGCGAUCAGAUCCUUUAGUCCCUUUCGCUUAUCACAAUCCACCUCAUAUUUCUUCAAGUCGAGGAAGACAUUCCUUGUGAAAAGGAACUUUUGGUAUUCAAUCAAUUAGGGUUUUAUACCGUUCAUUGACGAAAAACUAGUGAUUCUUUUACGAUGAGGUCGGCUGUCUCGACGUGGAAGGCGUUUGGCUGGUUAAUUUCACAGCGGAAUGGCAGUAGAUGCUUGACAAGAUAUUCUGGGAACUAUGGGGCAUUGGGAAGUUGUGUUCAGAUACGAUGGUUGAGUGGCAUUGUGGGAACUGAAACAAUGCUGGUUAAUAAGGACAUUAAAGCUUUUAAGGACGACAAUUCAUUUCGGGUAAGUGGUUGCAGUAGCAACGCUGCUGUUCAGAGGAGGGGUUUUCUUGGUUGUGGGGACGGGGAAGAGGGCAGCAUGGUCUCCAAACUCCAUGAAGAGCGGCGUAUUUUGGGGUAUUCUCCUGAGCAAUUAUUCAAUGUGGUUGCUGCUGUUGACUUGUAUCAAGAUUUUCUCCCCUGGUGCCAGCGAUCGGAUAUAGUUCGACGCUACCCUGAUGGAUCAUUUGAUGCUGAGCUGGAGAUUGGUUUCAAAUUUCUUGUUGAAAGCUAUGUUUCCCAUGUUGAAUGGAAAAGGCCAACAUACGUUAAGUCAACUGCAUCAGAAAGUUCUCUUUUUGAUCAUUUAAUAAACAUUUGGGAACUCAGUCCGGGACCCAAUCCAGGAACUUGCAACCUCUAUUUCUUUGUGGAUUUUAAGUUCAACUCACCGCUCUAUCGACAGAUGGCAUCGGUGUUUUUUAAAGAGGUUGUCUCUCGACUUGUUAGUUCGUUCCAUGAUCGUUGUCGUCAGGUAUACGGACCUGGAGUCCCCGUUCUUGAAAAUACUCACAAGCAUAGGGCUUGAAAGUUUGUUUUGUAUUUGUGACAUAUUGUACUCUCCAAGGGCCAAAUGCAAUUCAAACAGAUUCCAGAAUGGUAGGAUCAAAUUGUUUACCAUGCCAUGUCUUCCGGGUUUUAUUUUGAGCAGCGUUGGUUACUCAAUUGUUUUUUGCGGGUGCAAUUUUGGGAAAUAGCAGAACUUAGUUGGUGGACUUGGCAUCGUCGUUUUCUUGCAAUAUUUAUUUUACUAAUUACUAUUUUAAGAUCCCUCUACUCAUAAAUGGCGAGAUUGAUACGUAGUUGGAUGAAAUUGGUUUCAUUGUUGCAUCUCCUGUACAAUAAUGUUGAAACUGAUCUGAAUUCUUGAAAUGGGCAUUUGGGCUGAGCAGAACUGAAUUUCCUCUU